AUUUCAAACGAUAUUCCAGAACAAAACCAAAAUAAGUACCAAGCUAACGGACUUCCUCCGAUGCGCCCGCCGUAAGACCAAUCUGGAGAUUAUCGAGACUGACUUUAAGAAAUGCAACAUAUCAAACGCAUUCGACGACACGGAGUACGACGUUGUUUGGGGUGCCGAGGACGACUGUGAAGCACCUGUAGAGGAUGAAUUCUUUGAAAGUUCCGAGGAGGAUCCACUGUCUAGCGAGAUUUAGUAGCCGAGCUUACGGUAAAUAGAGAUUCUUUAUGUUCAAAGGUUUUCGUUUUUCUAAAGAAAAUAGGAGUCCUCCUGUACCGAAUUAAUUUCCUCAUUUUUUUUUUUUUUUGCUUUUUGGUGAAUUCAAGGUAUGGGGUGUUAUUUAAAUUCGGGGUCGACUUAUGCUCGAACAAGUACGGUAGCGCUUGAAUUCGCACGCAACAGCAGUUCAAGGUUCCGUAACCCCCCCCCCCCCUUAUUACGGGGUCUCUACCCUCUCCGCAAAAGCAACAUGCGGUGGCGAUCAUUUGCGAACCCCUGCCGCAACGCUCCACAGAUGGCGCUACUCUGGCAACAGGAUGACUAUGGAAAAGGACAGCCAGAUGGGGCCGAGGGGUGCUGCAACCGGCCCUGCGUCAUGGUAACCAUGAUGGUGAUGGUGGCGUUCAUCGCAGUGGGCCUAGUCAUAUCCUCGGAAGGCUUCUACAAAUUUCUCAGCUCCGACACCACCUCUCCGCCGAAAGUCGUACCCUGGGCACUCCCAGAGUUCAGGCCAUGGACGGCGCCUGCCAACGCUGUCCUGCCUUGGUACCAGGUCGUGAACGCCAACGACACCCUGUUCACGGACCACCGGCAUCGGUUCGCAUGCGUCUUCCACGCCGACUCGGAGGGUCUCGUCGCCCCCUACGCAGCUGCUUCGUUCAGCCUGGCGCGCUUCCCGUUCGCCCUGUGCACCGCGGUGUUGUUCUGCUGCCCAUCGCUGGCCGCCAACAUGGAGCCCGGCACCGACUAUCCGGAGAUUCUGGAGCAGGAAUUUCUCAGACGCGUGCUGAAAAACCGGUUCCCGCGCCCUCUCCUUAUGCUGGGCAACGGCUCUGGCUUAGACUCGCCGCAAUUUGAUGACUUGAUCAGACAGGCGGAAGGCGGAGACCUGCCUCCUACGAUCGGGGCCUGGUACCAGGAUCGGGCAUUCGAUGGCGUAGUUCUUCAUUGGCCCGACUCCGCGUUGACUCCGUCGACCUGGUCAAAGCUUCCUGGGGCGUUGAUCCAGCUGCGCGCGCACUUAUCAAGCGUCCGCCACCUGAGCCUCGCUGUUGCCAUGGGCCAACACGUGGCCAGCGGGACACGCUUGCGCUCGCUGGCAGCGGCACUGGGUGCGGCCUCUGUGUACCUGCUGCCACCAGUACUCGAGCCCGCCGACUACUUUGGCCUCACCUUCAGCUACUAUGACGAAUCAACCCUGGAAAUGCUGUGGCGCCACGUCGGUGCGUUUCUCGGCCAAGAGGAGCAGGGCAGCAUCUGCUACAUGCUGCCCGCGGAUGUACUGAGCUUCCGGGUGGCUCGAGGUUAUGACGGGAACGUCUCGGACUCUGUGCUUCCAAGCGAGGAAGGCCUCGGUUUCGGCCCCGCCGGAAACGCGACGGGCUUGCCAGGCCGCAUGGCCUACUUCGAGGCUUGCCGCUUGGUCCGGGACGGCUUCAGCGUGCUCGACCUCGAGUACGGCGUCGUGGCGUCUCGAGACGACGUCUGGCUGUCGUACACGACUCCACGGCAGAUGGCGCGCUUCGCCGACGCCCUACGCGACAACCUGACGGCGGGGUGUCUCGGUCUGUGGAACCCGCAGUGGGACGAUUUCGCGGCUGCCUGCGGCGGCCUUGAAUACCCACUCGUCAGGGCUCUCUUUCGCCGCCGAAAUGGCACACUCCCAUAA